AUGACGACGACGAGUCGUUCUCCUCGGGAGACUCCUUCCGCGAACGCUUUGAACAACAACGGCGCGUCUCAACGACGAGAAAGAGAGAGAGAAAGUUUUGGGAUAAACAACGCCACGUCCAAAGAGGAGAUUUUAUUGCAGCAUAAGACAAAAAAAUCGCCAACGUCGCCCACCGGGGGUAGUGUUACGACGAUCACCACUCCGAGAAGACAAAAUAAGUCCAUGUUCCGAGACAUAUCCCGGCGCCAAUGGGACCCGAGAUAUCACAAGCAGUGCACGCAAACGCAGUGUAUGAAACACCCGUCGAUUAUUAAAGGCAUGCGGUUGUUGAAAAACCUGGAAAAACACGGCGGGUGCGUGAAUACGGUGAGUUGGAACGAAGACGCGUCGCUGUUGAUUUCCGGGUCGGACGAUAUGACCGUGGUCGUUUGGAGCACGGGGACGAAUUUUCCGGUGAAAGGAUCGGUAUUUACCGGGCACACGCACAACGUGUUUGACGCGCAGUUUAUUCCAAACUGUAACUCGACCAAGUGCGUGACGACAGCCGCGGACGGUCAGGUGAGAAUGAUUGAUUUAGAGCGAGGGUUCGCGGAGAAGCCGCCGAACCAUCACACGAAUAGAUACAUGCGGAAUAUAAACCUGGAUUCGCCAGCCGCGCAUCAAUUAUGGUCCGGUGAUGGUGCUGGUAUGGGGAUGAAGCUGAUCUUUCUCCCCGGGUCCGCCACGUCGUUUUUAUCCACGCAUCAGGACGGGUGCGUGAGACUGUUUGAUAUACGAGAAGGGACGAAAUCGAGACGAGAAGUGGUUAUUGAUUUGGCAUCAGUGGGCGCGGCCUCGGAUAUAGCGUUUGAUCCAACGGCUCCGCAUACUUUUGCGGUUGGAUGCGACGACCCAAUCGUGAGGGUAUUUGAUAUUCGGCACCACGUGGCAAAGCUGACGAGAACUUCGGAAGAUUAUUAUUCUCACGCCGGAUCUCCCGGAACGUCGCCAAUUCCGUCACCAACCGAUACCGGCGCCGCCGCUAUGCGACGUGGUGGCGUUAACUACGGUGUUUCGCCAAGCAGUACGGUUGGAAGUCCUGGAACACCAACGGGAGCAGCUGGAGGCUUUGGAUUGCCGUCGUCGCCUCCUUCGCGGUCGUCUGGAUUCGUCGAAAGAUGUUUGCCGACCGUGGCGGAAUAUUGUCCUGGAUUGGCAUUCGGUGCUAUGAAAAAGUUCCAAGGCGAAGAGGAGCUCGUGAGAUCUUCGUUUCGGUCUCGCCGAUUUGAGGGUAUCUCUGGAAUAGCGUUUAGUAAGACCGGAGAGUUGGCGUGCACGUAUAAGGGCGAAGACGUGUACGUUUUAGAAACGCGUAAAGUUGUCUCGUCGGUUAAGAUUGAUCUCUUCAAGCACGAUUCUAUGGACGAAUUGGAGAAACGAUACGAGGGGUGCGCAAAAAAGUACGAAGGGCGGAAAAACACGCGCACGUUCCUUAAAGGCGUCGCGUUCAUGUGCGGCGACGAAUACGUAACCACCGGCGGGGACUGCGGUAACAUUUUCGUGUGGAACAAAAAAACGACGGAACUCGUGUGCAAACUCCCGGGAGAUUCGCAAGUCGUUAAUAAUGUGAUUCCACACCCCCAUUUGCCAGUCCUUGCGGCUUCUGGCAUUGAUUCGGAUAUUAAAAUUUUCGAGGCGUCGAAGGACGGAGAGCACAUUGACGAGCCGCCUCGGAAAGGCGAGAGAGAUAACGAUUUCGACUCCUCAGAUGAAGACGACGAAGACAACGAGGACGACGACGAGAUCGAUGGUGAGGAAUACGUUCAAAUCAACACUCCUGGUGGCCAUGUUAUCCAGAUCCCUGGUCGUUCGUUGAUAGAACUGCUCAGACGGCGUCAAGAAGGCCGGGACGUAAGUAUAGAUCCCUUACUUUUGGAAGAGGACGAGGAGGAUAGCGAUGACGACGACGACGAUGAGGAUGAGGAUGAGGAUGGUGAUGAUGACGACGACGACGACGAGUCAUUCUCUUCGUCUUCGUCUUUAUCGUCGGAGGAGGAAAGUUCGGAGCACGAGGAUACUGGUAGUGGUCAUCGAGAAGAUGAACUCGACGGGGACGACGAAGAGGAGGAUGAACAAAUGGAAGACGCGGAAGAGUCUUUUGAAGAAAAUGCUGUAGAACAAUAA